AUGUCCCGAGAACCGUCAAACGAAGAGAAAGGGAUUGCUUUUACUGAUGCAGGCGCGUCGGAUUUCCCGGAAACUGGUUACGAUCGCCACGAUGCACCGAUCCACAUCCAGGGCGACAAGCUCGCCCGCAAGUUGUCUGCCCGUCAAGUGCAGAUGAUUGCCAUCGGUGGAACUAUCGGUACUGGCCUCUUCCUCGGCACGGGCAAGUCACUGGCGACCGGCGGGCCGGCUUCGACACUGAUCGCAUACGCCAUUGUCGGUGCGAUCGUCUUUGUGACAAUGCUAUCCUUGGGAGAGAUGGCGGCAUUCGUCCCCAUCGCUGGGUCCUUCUGUACCUACGCUGGCCGCUUCGUAGACGAUUCUUUAGGUUUCGCCUUGACAUGGAACUAUUGGCUGAACGAUGCGGUGUCCACGGCAGCAGACAUCAUUGCAGCGCAACUUUUACUGAAGUUCUGGACCGACAACUUCCCAGGGUGGGCUAUCAGCUUGAUCAUCCUACUGCUGAUCAUAGGCCUGAACCUCCUGAGCGUGAGAGUAUACGGCGAGGUCGAGUACUGGCUCAGCCUUUUGAAGGUCAUCACCAUUGUGAUCUUCAUCAUUCUCGGGAUUGCUGUCAACUGCGGCGCCAAUACCGACCACACAUAUAUCGGCGGGCAUAAUUGGCACAUUGGCGAUGCUCCGUUUGUGGGAGGCAUCGGGGGCUUCGCCUCUGUCUUUGUCACGGCUUCUUUCGCAUACGGUGGCACCGAGUCGAUCGCAAUCACCGCUGGCGAAACCAUGAAUCCCUCCAAGAAUCUACCGAAGGUUGUCCGGAACGUUUUCUGGCGCAUUCUGCUUUUCUACAUCCUCUCGAUCCUUAUCAUUGGCCUGAAUGUGCCAUACAACUAUCCGAAUUUGAGUGACAAGGACACCAAGACGAGUCCGUUCACUAUUGUCUUCACCCAGGCUGGGAGCGACGUUGCCGGCAGCUUCAUCAACGCUGUUAUCAUGACAAGCGUGAUUUCUGCAGGCAACCACGCCUUAUUCGCCGGGACUAGGCUCAUGUACACCCUCGCCGUGGACGGCUACGCACCGAAGUUCCUCGGCACUCUAAACCGCCAGCGGAUCCCGUGGGUAGCAGUUCUGGUCACGAGCUCGAUCUCUGGGCUAUGUUUUGGGGCAAGCUACAUCGGUGCCGGACAGCUGUGGACAUGGCUUCAGAACAUCGUAGGGGUUUCGAACCAGCUGUCGUGGAUCUGCAUCGGGUUGGCAUCUUUGCGCUUCCGAGCGGCUGUGAAAGCUCAAGGCAUGGAGCAUCUGUUACCUUUCAAGAACUGGACCUAUCCUGUUGGUCCUAUUCUGGCAGUUGGACUUAACAGUGUUCUCGUUUUGGUUCAGGGGUGGUCCUGCUUCAGUCCGACCUUUAGUGGUGUCGAUUUCGUGUCCUAUUACAUCGAGAUCGCCAUCAUGGUGGUGUUGUUGGUGUUCUGGAAGGUUUUCAAGCGGACGAAAUUUGUUCAUCUGCAUGAGAUGGACCUGAUCACGGAUCGGUACGAUCUCAAUCCUGAUUACAAGGACGGGCGCGGCUCCAGUGGUGGGAAUGGUGAGGUGGUCACGGGUCCUGGCAGGUGGUUCUUUGCCUUGAAAGAAGGGCAGGAAGCGACAUGGACUGGAAAGGUGAAGAAGGUGGCAUUAUGGCUGUUUUUCUAA